CCUGUUUAUUACACGUUUCGUGAGCACCGGCCAAUCAUAAACCCCCUUUGCGUGAGUAAACCAUAAACCCCAAUUUGCCCGCUCUAAAACCCCAACGCCUCCUCUCUUCUUCAGUACUCAUCAAGCAAUGGGCAGCAGUCAAGCAGCUGUUUCAUUUCUAACAAAUCUUGCACGCGCCGCUUUUGGAUUGGGCGCUGCAGCCACCGCCCUCAACGCCUCUCUUUACACCGUCGAUGGAGGCCAACGCGCAGUGCUAUUCGACAGAUUUCGGGGAGUUAUUGAUACCACUAUAGGUGAAGGGACUCACUUUCUCAUUCCAUGGUUGCAGAAACCAUACAUCUUUGAUAUCCGUACCCGCCCACACACUUUCUCCUCCAUCUCCGGUACAAAGGAUCUACAGAUGGUUAAUUUGACUCUCCGUGUUCUUUCUCAUCCUGACGUGAAUAAAUUGCCCCAAAUCUAUCAACGCCUUGGUCUUGAGUAUGAUGAGAAGGUGCUACCCUCAAUUGGCAAUGAGGUUUUGAAGGCUGUGGUUGCACAGUUCAAUGCUGACCAGCUCCUCACAGAACGUCCGCAUGUAUCAGCUCUGGUCCGUGACUCUCUUAUCAAGCGCGCAAAGGAUUUCAACAUUCUGCUGGAAGAUGUGGCAAUCACCCACUUGUCUUAUGGAGUGGAGUUCUCAAGGGCUGUGGAGCAAAAGCAAGUGGCGCAGCAGGAAGCUGAGAGGUCCAAGUUCAUUGUCAUGAAAGCUGACCAGGAGAGAAGGGCUGCAAUUAUCAGGGCAGAAGGUGAGAGUGAAGCUGCCAAGAUGAUCUCUGAUGCAACUGCAAAAGCUGGUACAGGGCUAAUUGAGCUGAGGAAGAUUGAGGCGUCAAGGGAAAAUGCUGCGACUAUGGCAAGGUCACCCAAUGUGUUGUAUCUCCCUGGUGGAGCCAAUAUGCUUAUGGGAAUGAAUCAAAGUCGUUGAAUAGGGUAUCCUGGUGUGGCACAAGAACGAGACCAAGAUUGAAUUGCUGAAGUAGUGUUUGCUUUAUUGCUAGAAGUUUUUUUGAGGAUACAGGCCUUACAAACUUUCCUAAGAAUCAGAACUUUAGCAGCAUCUAUGAAGUUUCUUACAUUUAUGUUAAACAGCACGACGUUAGAACUAUAUAUAGUCUAUCUUCAAAGAUGAUUUUAAACACAUUUGAUGUGAUAAAUAUGCUGAAUGAAUAUUUCCUAUUCUUCUAAUGACCACAUUUGAUGGUCCACUACUACUUCCAUUGCAUUCAUUAUACACACUUCAAUC